UCUUUCCAAGAAUUUCUAAGCUCUUUCUUUGCUAGCCACUCUCUCCUUACACUGCAUAGCAUUGCCUGUUUCUCUGCCUCUGUCGACCAAUUUACUCUUCAUCAUGCGCUUCGUUUCCAUCUUUUCACUCGCAGCUGGGCUGCUGAGUGCCACCGUUCAGGCCUACGGUAAUCCGGGGGCCUGCUCUGGCCAGUGCUGGAGUCACGACCCUUCCGUUGUCCGUCGCGAUGAUGGCACCUAUUUCCGUUUUGAAACUGGCAGCAAGAUCGGCAUUUGGAAGGCUCCCGAUUUGGUAGGCCCCUGGACCUACCAAGGAGCUGCUUUGCCAUCGGGUAGCAAGAUCAACCUAAAGGGCAAUGAUGAUCUUUGGGCUCCCGAUGUGAACAAAGUUGGCGAUCAGUACAUUCUGUACUACACCGUCUCCUCUUUCGGCGUCCAGAACUCUGCCAUCGGUUAUGCUACCUCCACCACCAUGGAGUUUGGCUCCUGGACUGACCACGGCGCCACCGGGGUUGCUUCUUCAGCCGGCAGCCGUUACAAUGCCAUCGAUGCUCAGCUCGUCAAGUCCGGUAGCAACUACUUUCUGAAUUUCGGCUCCUUUUGGCAGGACAUUUUCCAAGUGCCUCUGAAUGCGGCUGCGACCAAGGCCAACGGUAACCCAUACAACAUCGUUCUGAACACCACUGCCCCUCAGCCCGUCGAGGGUGCCUUCGUCUACGAGCGCAGCGGCACCUUCUGGGCCUUCUUCAGCUCAGGCUCCUGCUGCGGCCUCGACGCCAACCGCCCGACCCCCGGAAACGAGUACAAGAUUUUCGUGUGUCGUGCCUCUUCUGUCAAUGGUCCCUAUACCGACAAGAGCGGCAAGAGCUGCCUGGGCGGCGGUGGCACUCUUCUUCUUCCUUCUCAUAACAAAAUCUAUGCUCCUGGUGGCCAAGGCGUCUUGGUUGAUCCCAAGCGUGGUGCGGUCCUCUACUAUCACUAUUUGAAUACCGACGUUGGCUAUGCCGAUUCUCAGACUCUUUUUGGCUGGAAUGUCAUUUCGUGGUCCGGCGGCUGGCCUUCUGUCUAGGUAGAUACUAGAUACGGAAGGAACUAACGGUCGCGGUAGACGAGUGAUGUUACAUUCUUGUUCAUAUUAUAGCUCCGCAUGUGCUAAGGGGCAUGUACAUACUUUGCGCCCCUGAAUACCACUUUCAUGCUUGAUGGGAGUGUAUGACGCUGGUUACUUAUCAAACCCCCUCCUGUGUAUCCCUACUUAUUACCAAUUGUUACGCUUGCCGAUCCUGAACCUCACUGACCCAGAGUCAAGAUGAAUGACUAGCCCUUUUCUUUUGUCUCAAGGGGCGAUUGCUUAGCGU